UGACCACGUGGCUAAUCCACGCUUGUGUGCCACCAGCGCCCAAACCACUCUAGGUUCUGCACCUUUCCCAUCGAGACUUUAUAGUUUAGUUUCCGCGUACUCAAGCGCCGGUCAACAGUUUAUCGCGAAUCUCCCACGAGUGAUAAGGAAGUGAGGGGAUUGUUAUUGAGUUUAUUUUUUUUUCCCCUGAAGAGUUAUUUAGUGACACCUGUUGGAUAAUUUAAAGGGAGCCUGGAAGAGCCUGGGUGAUAAGACCUUGUCCUUCUCGUUGGAGGGUGGCGAGGCUCCAGCACAGAGGGACAACAAUGCGGUACCAUCCCCUAACAUCACGUGCUGGAUGUACAGCCUCUUCGAUGAUAGCAGACUGCCGUCUAACGGGGGUACAGGUGUCAAUGGUCUCCCCGGAUAUUCCGAUGAUCAAAUGGUCGAUGAUAACACCAGCAAUCAUCGAUCUCUAAACCACAAUUUACCAAUAAAUAGCUACGAUACCCGAGAUACUGAUAUAGUGAAUAAGUGUGAAGAGAUAAACAAAGUGACUGACAGUCGGCCGACUGACGGUCUGGAUCAACUCUUGAAUUUUCAUCGCACAAAUAACAAUAAUAAUCGAGAGAUGGUGGCACAAGACAUGGCCCAGAGCUACAAUCAGCUCUUCCACGCUGCCCAAGAGCCCCAAGAAUUCGUAUCACUCGAGGAGCUUAGACCGCAUCAUCAUGGACAGAAUAUCAUUGUAGCCAGUGGUCCCCAUAUUUAUCUUAAUGAGCGUGAUAAUGAGCAUGGACAGAGGACUUACUUAAAUCUCGCUGCACUUCCAAAUCAGAAUGCAGAAAUUCAAGGAGAGAAAUCCCUAGCACCCGCCUCAGUCUCCCCAAUAUCUCCAUCAGUGGCAGACCUAGUAGUAGAAUCGCAUGAACAAAUCCACCACCCAGGAGACAAAGCCUCCAACACCUCAGCAAUGCACAUUGGCCAGCAGCCAGCAGCAUCUAGUCACCGAAAUCAUCACCACCAGAGACGCCAUCACAAGCAAUUCCAGAGGAGAGACUCAACGAGUGAACACCUCAGCGACUACUCACCAGCACCAAGGAAACGAAAGAUUUCGAGUCAGGAUGAGAGUGAUGCCCUGGACGAUCCAGGGGACGAUGCCAAAUCCACGCGAACCAACACCGACAGCAAAAAACAGAAUCACAGUGAGAUUGAGAAACGCCGUCGUGACAAGAUGAACACCUACAUAACCGAAUUAUCAUCAAUGAUUCCAAUGUGUCACGCCAUGUCUCGAAAACUGGACAAGCUAACAGUCCUUCGAAUGGCGGUACAACAUUUGAAAACGAUCCUGGGUGCAGUGACAUCGUACACAGAGGGUCACUACAAGCCCGCCUUCCUGAGUGAUCAAGAAUUAAAAACCCUCAUCCUGCAGGCAGCUGAGGGUUUUGUUUUUGUUGUUGGCUGUGAUAGAGGGAGGAUUCUAUAUGUCUCGGAAUCUGUAUCAAAGACCCUCAACUAUUCUCAGGACGAAUUAUUGGGUCAGAGUUGGUUUGACAUACUCCAUCCGAAAGACGUUGCCAAGGUAAAAGAACAACUAUCGUCGGAGCACAGCCCCCGCGAACGAUUGAUAGACGCUAAGACAAUGCUACCAGUGAAAACAGAUGUUCCCCAGGGUGCAACAAGACUGGGCCCAGGUGCCAGAAGAUCCUUCUUCUGUCGAAUGAAAAGGAAAGUCGACAAUUUAACGAAUAAUGGAGAGUCUCAAGUUAAAGAAGAAGCUGAUACCACGACAGGUGGACACAGAAGAAAAAAACAGCAAAAUUCUGAUUGGAAAUACUGUGUGAUACAGUGCACAGGCUACUUGAAAUCGUGGGCACCAGCGAAAAUCAGUGCCGAUCAGGAGCAGGAAGGGGAAGGCCUAGAGGGCGAAAAUUGCAAUCUAUCGUGUCUCGUUGCUGUUGGUAGAGUAACACCGAGUUUACUUGAACUUUCACUAGGUAUGGGAUUACCAAAGCUCAAUACCAUCAUGUUUGUCACUCGCUACGCCAUUGAUGGAAAAUUUAUCUUCGUCGAUCAGAUAGCAACGCUUGUCCUGGGUUUCUUACCCCAGGAACUACUGGGUACUAGUAUGUACGAGUAUUAUCAUCACGACGAUAUUCCACAUCUCGCUGAAUCGCAUAAGACUGCACUGCAGACCACAGACCACAUAACAACCCAGGUGUACAGGUUUAGAGCAAAAACAGCGAGCUUUGUUCGACUACAGUCUGAAUGGUUCGCAUUUAGAAAUCCCUGGACAAAGGAUAUCGAUUACAUCAUAGCCAAGAAUUCUGCAAUAUUUUGUGAUGCAGGACAAGUGGAGAGCAGUGCAGCCCCGAGAUCCGAGGGAUCUAGUGUCCAAGGAAAUUACGAUUACUUUGCUCAGAGUAACGGUGGUCUCGAGAGAUUGAUAUCUAGUCAUGUGGAAGUAAGUAAAAUAGGAAGACGAAUAGCUGAAGAGGUGCUAGAUCAUCAAAGGCGGAGUGAAGACUCCUCAUCAAGCAGUCCAACUCCCACACCUGAUCGUUUUUUGCUCAAUACUGAGAUUACAACGCCCACGACAACGACGACUGUUACCUCUCCAGAAGGAAUGCAAGAGGGAGAGUCAGCGGUCAAUAGCGAUAAUAGUAGUAGUAACACGGCGUCAACAUUCAAUCAUAUCAGGAACAAUGUUCCACUGAGUAGUAUAGCCAAUGAACAAGGAGCGUGCGAUGGAGACCUGUUGGACGUAAUCGGCGCCACAGCAAUGAAUGACUCUCCAACUCCCCUGACCUCCGAUGGCAACGACGAAGCAGCAAUGGCAGUGAUCAUGAGCCUAUUAGAGGCAGACGCUGGUCUAGGUGGCCCUGUUGAUUUCUCAGGCCUACCCUGGCCUCUCCCAUAACUUGUAUGUAUGUUGUAAAAUCAUAUCAACGCCCCCUGACUGUGUGCUGUGUGACCCUGAUAGAUAAUCAAAAAAUAGGGAACAAUUUCUGUUAGUACAAAUUUGAAAUAAUCUCACUUGUCGAUCUUUAUAAUUAGUUAUCUAAGUUAAGUCAAUUUUUUGCGAAUGAAUUUACCAAAGUUGAGUGAUAUUUUGGUGCGAUGGAUAUCGUAAGAAUUGUUUUGUCAUUAUUUUAGUUAUACUUGAGAAUAAGAUUUUAUUAUUAGGUAUUUAUAUUACGUUUAUGUACAGAUAAAAGAAAAUAAGUAAUUGAACAAAUCAGAAUUUA